AUGAAUCCGCUUUCUUAUCAAGUUCGGAAAUGUAUAAUUACCCAUUUCGAUUUUAAUACUCGAAACUUGCUAUCAGAAAGAUGUCCAGAUGUCAGAUAUCUCGACAAAGUGGUUCCUUCAAAGAUAAAUAACUUAUAUAUCACCGGAUCAAUGCUCAGAAUCGACUGUACAACUUAUCAAUUGGGUGUGGUCCAAAUCUAUGAAAAUGGCAAAACUCCAGAAUUCAUUCAAAGAAAAAAUCGAGCUGGGGGAUUUCCACAUGAUGUAGAUGAAUAUGGGGUUAAAGAGAAUUUGGACCCCUCAGUUUUGAAAUAUGAACUUCCGCAAUUAAAAAGAGAAAAGAAACGAAUCGAGCAGAAAAUGGAGAAAUCAGAAGAACAUGAUCGAGAACGAUUGAGCCAUCUUGGAGAUAAAAUUCAACACAUUCUCCUGACUCUUGAGCACUAUGAAAACGCUUCAAAACCCCCAUUCCUUUAUUAUCUUCAGCUUAUCAUCUCUUCUCAAAAUUAUCGAAAAAUUGAAAUUUUGAAAUAUCAAACCGAUAUGGAAAAAGCAACCGGUUACCUAAUUGAUGAGGUUUUCAAAGACAGAAAAACAAGAAUUGAGAAAUUGAAAAUGUUAAAUUUCCGUUCGGCUACUUUGGAAUCCAACAUACUUAGCUUGAAAUCGCUGACUUUCAGUGGACUGUACCAGAUUUUGCCGAUUUUCAAGAUUGCUCAAAAUCUUACAUUGACAAUGGUCGGAUUAAAGGAGCUUCUCCCAUAUAUUUCCAAUGAGACGGUUCAUUUCAAAGGAUACGGUAGCUAUGCAUCUUCUCAUAUUAUUUCACUCGUAAAAUGGAGUUUGCAGUUGAAUGAAGAAAGACAUUAUUCAAUAGAAAUAGAGAAUAAUAAAAUUUCGGAGGAUGUGCUGAACCGACUUAAAAUGUCAGAAGGGGCCAAGGUUGUCCAGAGUGAAAGAGGUGCUCCAUUCCCGGAAUAUAUCAUUUUGAAUUCAAGAAAGAAUCUAGAAUUGGAAGUCAGAAUCUACAGAACCUCAGUUUACGAUGAUAGGAGAAACCAAAAUUUUGAUUUGCAUGUGAAAACCACCGAAAAGAGUAGUGGAAUGAUUUAUUAA